AUCCUCUCGCGCUCAAAAUAAAAUCCGCGGGAAAACCGCUUCAGAGACGCAGGAGUUCAAACCGUCGCCAAACAUUAAAAUAAUUAAAUAUCUUUCAAUAAACGGUUAUAGCGUAAUAACAUACAUUAGUAAAAGUAAUUCAAUUUUAGAUAGUUUUCUAGGCAGGAGUGACUGGUUAGAGUAGAGAGAUCAAACGCGUCAGACUACCGCAAAAUACUCUUCAUACAGUGAGACUAUGGCAGCUUCAGCGAGAAAACAAAACAAGAAGACCAAACACACUGACAGCUCUACAGACCUGAAAGCGUUUGACUUCAACAAACUGGAGGAGGAAAAGAAAGGAAGCGGAUCUGACGAUGAUACAAGAGAUGAAACUCCAAUCAUUGACAAGCUGACCAAGAAGAGAUCUGCAGAGACGUUUGAUGAUGAUGAACUACAUGCUGGUGUGGGGAAUGAGGUUCAAAAUAUGCUGGAAAGAUUCGGUGCGGACAUCAGCAAGGCCAUGCAGACCAAAAGAAAGCGCUUGGAGGUUCUCACCAAAAGCUCCUUAAAGGGCAGCACUCAGAAACUGGAGCAAAUGUGGAAAACCCAGCAGAAUCAGAGGCAGAAGCUGACACAAGACUAUUCUCAGCAGGUGCUCUCUGUGCUUCAGCAGUGGGAAACUGAUGUUCAGAAAUCUGAGGAGCAGGAGGAGAAACUAAACAAUUUGUUUCGCCAGCAGCAGAAGCUCUUCCAGCAGGCGAGGGUUGUGCAAAACCAAAAAAUGAAAACCAUCAAAGACCUGUAUGAGCAGUUUGUCAAGAACAUGGAGGAGAUGGAGAAAAGCCAUGAAUCCUUCCUGCAGGGCACACAGAUGGAGCUCAGAAAGGAGAUGGCUCUGCUGCAGAAGAAGAUAAUGAUGGACACACAACAACAGGAGAUGGCCACUGUUCGGAAGUCCCUCCAAUCCAUGCUGUUCUGAAAACAUCUUUCUGUUCUAAUGUCAUCAAUAGAAAUGUGUGGAUGACUUAACCUUAUGUUCUGAAAGGAAGGUUUCUUUUAUUGAAUAUGAGUUUAUAAGUUAUCUUUGUUUUUAUUUUUUACAUAAAUUUGUUCAUUUUAAUAUAUAAUCGUACUCCUGUUGUAUUAUAUGAAACUAUCCAAAUAGAUGCUUCUGUAUAUUUUUUUUAAUCUAUUAAAGAUCCUGCAAAUUCAGUUUUC